AUGUCGGCCACGUGCGCCGUGUCCCGGAAAGAGCCGCUGCCAAGGCCGCGUCCCAAAGGCCAGAGGGAGCCGCCCGCCAAGGUGAUGCGCAGGGGUCUGCGGCGAGGCCGCGAGGAGGAGCGGGAGCAGCUGCCGUGGCCGGGAGAGAGCGGGAGCGGCAUGGGAGCGGAGGCCGAGGCGGAAUCGGCGGCACCGCUGAACGACGAGCGGCGGAGGCGGCAGCCUGUAGAGCCGAGGGCGCUGACGACGGCGUCGGCCAGGGCGGUGGAGGAGGAGGAACGUCUGGAGCGGGAACAUUUUCGGAGGAUCAUCAACGCUUUCCGAUAUUACGGAACGAGUAUGCAUGAACGAGUGAACAGAACAGAGAGGCAGUUUAAGUCUCUCCCAGCUAACCAGCAGAGUCUUCUUCCUCAAUUUCUUCCUCACCUUGACAAGAUUCGGAAGUGCAUUGAUCAUAAUCAAGAAAUACUACAAACCAUUGUGAAUGACUGUGUUCAUAUGUUUGAAAAUAAGGAAUAUGGAGAAGAUGGAAGUGGGAAGAUUACACCAGCUUCAACAUUUGACAUGGAUAAAUUAAAGUCCACAUUGAAACAAUUUGUGAGAGACUGGAGUGAAGAGGGAAAGUCUGAGAGGGAUUCCUGCUACCAGCCAAUUAUUAGUGAAAUUAUAAAGAACUUUCCAAAAGAAAGAUGGGAUUUCUCCAAAGUUAAUAUCCUGGUACCUGGUGCUGGGCUAGGUAGAUUGGCGUGGGAAAUAGCUAUGCUCGGUUAUGCUUGCCAAGGAAAUGAAUGGAGUCUCUUUAUGCUCUUUUCUUCUAACUUUGUACUCAACAGAUGCUCUCAAAUUAAUUCAUGUAAGCUUUAUCCCUGGAUUCAUCAAUUUAGUAAUAACAGAAGAUCUGCUGAUCAGAUACGACCAAUUUAUUUCCCAGAUGUUGACCCUCACAGUCUUCCUCCUGGUUCAAACUUCUCUAUGACAGCAGGGGAUUUUCAGGAAAUUUAUUCUGAGUGCAAUACUUGGGACUGUGUAGCAACUUGCUUUUUCAUAGAUACAGCACAUAAUGUUAUUGAUUAUAUUGAUACUAUAUGGAAGAUACUAAAGCCUGGAGGAAUAUGGAUAAAUGUAGGUCCUCUCCUUUACCAUUUUGAGAACUUGGGAAAUGAACUUUCUAUCGAAUUAAGCUAUGAGGAUAUAAAAAAUGUUAUCCUGCAAUAUGGAUUCCAUAUAGAGUUCCUGUCAGAAGCUGUCUUGAAAACUGCUGCUUUGUUUUCAGGUGGAGAAAGAAUCUGUACUGUCGACUUACACUGUGAAUGAACUCUCCAUGAUGAAAUACUACUAUGAAUGUGUGUUGUUUGUGGUGAGAAAACCAGAAUAGUAGUGGUCUGAAUAGGUUAAUGAGAAAAUAAUGUUGGCUUGAAAGCUAGAAAUGAGAAAAAAAAUCAUCUGGUGAUGUAUGGACACAACCUCAAAUCAGUGGUGCCUUCUUGUUCCUAAGAGGAUAUAGAUACUGUCUAUUUUCUUAGUAUCUCUGUUGCUAUUCAGACAUAUAACUAUGCCAUGCAUAUUCAUAAUAGACUUGUGAAAGAUUAAAUGUUCACAUGCACUGUCUUAGUGCUUUGGAAUGCAUUAAAUAUAAAAGCAGAAGUGUUUUCUCGAGAACAAAAUUUAAUGUUUGCCAUAACUAGGCUAAUACUCUGCUGAUGCUGCCUCAUUUUUCAUAGAUUUAUAGUGCUUUUUUGGUUUUUUUGAUGAUAUUAGGAAUGCAUGGAGGCGCUUACUGUACUAGCUGUGUCACUUUUAGAGAAAUAUUUGUAAAUGUAUACUUAAAUUAUGCAGUCUGAAAUGGUUGGAAAGUGGUAAAAUUACUCUUGACUGAUAAAAUAGUCAUCAGAACUCUUAGAGCAUUUUCUGUGGAACUGAAGUGAAAUAGGAUAUUAUACAAAUUCUGAUCUUUGGCUGUACCACUGUUAAAGGUUUAAUCAAAAACUAGAACCUGUAGAAAAUUUGAAAUACUACAUGAAAGCAGAAUACUAAGUGAAGAAAAAGAACAUCACAGAGAAGUAGUAUGUUAACCUCAGUUCAGGGGAACACUGUUCUUGAUUGAUCUUAUUGUUGGAACUGAAAUGUAUUAGAUGCUUUGCCUUCUUGAAAUACACUGAUUUUGAGUCAUCUUCUUAUGUUUAAGUCAGAACUUUUAAAGUUGAUAAACAUAGCUGAGUUACCCAUGCCAUGUGUAGGUAGUACAAUGUAAAAAUACCUGUCAGAACAGUGCAGUUACCUGUAAAUAUAUGCUGUAACCUAAUUACUUCCACCUGAGCCAGAAUGUGCAGCCCAAAUGGUAGACAAUUUCCUUGUGACUUCAGACACUUCACCGUUGUGACUUCUUGGUUCUUCCUGUGUUUUCCACAUUCCUAAUGUGUCUUUUUUUUCCCUAACAGAUGUGGAUUAGAUGAAUAUUUACACUACCAGUCAUGAUACUGUACAAGAGGCUGUCAUGUCACAUACAAUCUCAUGUCACUUGGAAGUUAAGUACAUGAGAAAAACCUUAAUUAACAGUCACUAGCCUGAGAUGAGGUGUCAUGUUAGGUAUUUUGUUUUCAUAAUAAUAAUAAUUCAUAAUUGAUUACCUUAAGUGCCAUUUGGAUGUAUUUUCAAAAAUAUGUUUAAAAUACAAAACCCUUAUGAUGAGGGCUGAUUUUUUUUUUUUUUUUCCCCCCUUCAUAUUUGGCUGUAAUAGCACUAGUCAAUGCCUUGUUUGUUUCCGGUUAUUUUUUGUCUUGUCUUUCAUGGUGAUGUUCUAAUCACAUCUCUUCAAUAGAUCUGUUACUGGCUUUUCAAUUUUUCUAAUCAAGGCCAGAAAUUUGUGCCUUUACUCCUACACUGAAAUUUUGCAAGGAGGAAGCCAAACUUUUUUUUAAAUUUUUUUCAACACCAUGUAAGAGAGCACAUGCUUGUAUAUGUUUCAGUAUUGUGCCCGUCUCUGCUCAGAAUCCUGAUUGAAAACAGGUCUACAGAAGUGGUUAAGUUUGGCUCAAACUACUUUGAACUGUCUAUUUCUAAAAGUGCAUGAACUGUCAAAGUUCUACCCUGUUCCAAGCGUUCGAAGUGUUUAAAGAUGAAACACUGAUAGUCAACAAAUGAUUUAAAAAUAAAAGUCCUUGUGUGGCUAAAAGAAAAAAAACACGUGCUUUAAUUUCCAUAUUGUACCAUUUAAUUUUUGAGAAAAUUUGUGAUUCUCUGCUUUCAAUCUGCUUUUCUUCUCUUAGGUAUAUAUACAUAUGAUUAGUAAUUUUCUUGAUUUUCAAGCUUCUUGAAAUAAGACAGAGGUUAGGUGAAUGUCAGUUAAGCUGAUGCCGAGUUGCAUAUCCAUCUGUAUUGCUACCCAGUUACUGCCCCUUACGCAGUCUGUAACUUGAAAUGUGGUGUUUGUUUUUCAAAAAUAAGCAAUGGAACUCUAUUUAUGGUUGAGUGUCAAUAUCCUGUGUUCUGAUACUUUUUUUUCUUUGCCACUCCAUGUUGUCACAAGUGCCAUUUUUGUAUGUUCUCUGAAGAUGUUUUUACAUAUGGUGUAAUACAGUGAUCUGCUUUUAUUUCUGACCUAGAAAAUGCUGUUUGUGGUGUUGUGGUGGUUUUGUGGUUUUUGUUUUGUUUUGGUGUGUUUUUCUUUUUUUUUUCUUUUUCCCCCAGAGCAUUUUGCUUUUAAAUUGCAGCAGUCACAAUAAGAGUUGGAAGCAAGAUAAUCUUGUGAAUGAGCUGUUAAUAGUGUUUUACCUGCAGUCCCAUUUCUGAGUUCUUAGAAUUCUCUGUCGCUUGUACUGUAAUGCACAGGGAUAAAUGUGUAUUACAGAAUUUGAUCAUUGUUUUAUUUAGUUUUAUAUGCAGGGAGAAAUACUCGAGGUGUUUGUCAGCUGAGACUGUUUAUGUCACUAUUAAAACUGUAGAUGAUAACAGGUGUAAAAUAAAAUUCUGCAUUAUCUUCAGUGUAAAACUUCUUUACAUGGAAUUUGAUAAAUGUAAAAUGUCCUGUAUUUUUUUUUUAAUGUGUUAUAUUCUGAAAUUGGUUGCAAAGAUGGUAAGAAUGGGAAGUUUCCUGUCUCUGCGUGCACUUCCCACAGUUUUCAGUGUGUGUAAUGGACCGGGGUUUUUGACUAUUAAAGCUUGCAGUAAGGUUUGA